UACGAGCGCCGUCCGAUGCCAGCUUCGCUCUCCUCAUAUCAAUUCAAGCCGACGGAUCGCACUGCCAGCUCUCCAGUACAGGAAUCUCGAGAGUCGAGGGCUCCUCCAUGUCGUUGUGGUGGGCCCCACCACCAGCGUCCGAGAAUUGAGACGCGCACCGAUUCCUUCCUGCCUCACACGCUGCUCUCGCUGCCAGUCCGCCACCCACCGCCGCCCACCGCCGAGCGGCCUCCCCGCGCGGCGAGGCCAAACCCUCCCAUGUCCACCCCGGCCGGCGUGGCGCCCCGCCGCUCCUCCAGGCUCGCCUCCAGCGCUCCUCCGCUCGGAGCCGGCCAGCCUUCCUCCUCCCCACUUCCUCGGCGCCGCCGCCGCCGCGCUUCGCCGUCUGGCUGCGCCAGAGAGGUUGACAACUCGCCUCCUCCGGUGGUCAUCUUAGAUGACAACGAAAUGGAGCAGCAUGUUGAGGCAGAAGAAAUGAAGAAGCAAGGGGAAGAGAGUGUGGAGGCAAAUGAAGCAGAGGAGAAGGACAAGGAUGCGGAGGUCUUAGAGGAACUACCUGAUUGGCUUCCUGAUGGUUGGAUCAUGGAGGUACGUUGUGGCGACAACGGCAACAUCUACCGGUAUUACACUUCCCCGGUGUCAGGAUACACAUUCUCUACAAAGAUGGAGACACUACAUUAUCUUUUUUCGGAGAUGGAUGAGCGUGUGCUGGAGUCUCAGGCGUGCGCCGAUGACAAUGAGCUUCAUAGAAUGCACACAUGGCUUCCAGAUGGGUGGGCAAUUGAAGUCAGAGCUGGGGGUAAGAAGAUGGAAAAAAUGUACAAGUUCUAUGUUCAUCUGCCUACUGGAAUGCGGUUCUUGUCGAAAGAAAAUGUACUGCUCUAUUCUAAUGAGGGGAAGAUUUCCAGAUGUGAUGUAAAGGGUUUGUGUGAUACAAGCUCUGAAGAUAAUAUUCUUGCAAUGGUAGAAUUUAAUCCAGAUGGGCUUCCAGAAGGAUGGGUGAAGGAAAUAAUAUUUAGAAAGUGCAAUGAUGGAAUUAGGAAAGACCCGUAUUAUACUGAUCCUGUUAGUCGUCAUGUAUUCCGCACACUCAAGUCUGUAAUCAACUACCUUGAAACUGGACAAAUCACUAAACAUGCCUAUAUUCCGAGGAGAAGCGUUACUGAUAUGUACUCUUUUGACAGGUGCACAGAUCUGCCUCAAAGUAUGCUGAAAAGACUGAAAAUACAAGGAAAAGCAAAGAAAAAGUCUGUAGGAGCAUCGGUCAAAGGCAAGAAACUAUCUAAUGGCCUGGCAUCAAAUAACUGUAUGUCUUCUGGGUUGGAUCCUGAAAUCGGGCCAGAAGAAAGGAAACUUGGAACUGUUAAAUCCAUAACCAAAGAAGCAGUUAACUCAGAUACUAUCAAGCGAUCAAGAGGAAGGCCACCGAAAAUCUUGAUGCCAACUAUUGAAAGCACCAAACCUGAGAUUGCAUUAGUCACGUCAGAGGCUAUCAAGAGAUCAAGAGCUGAAGGUGUCAAUUCUUGCUUAAUUCAUCUCUCUGAACCAAAUGAAAAGAUGGUCAAAGCCACCAGUGCAGUAGAACCUGCCAGUUCAAAUAAUGCCAAACGACAUGGAGGGAGCCCGCAAAAAAAAUUUAAGCACAUUACUGACAUCACUUUAGAUUGUGCCAAGAGUUCAAAUAAGGAGUCAGAGCAUAUUGUUACAGCAAAGAAAUUGGGUAUUGGAGGUGGAGAACAAGUGGCAAACGAAAAUACAUUGGAGCACACUAACAUGAAAGAGCACCUUGGGGUAAUCCAGGACUACACAAGCAACAGGAAGAAAGAUAAAUUGAACUUGAUUACUGAUCCAGAUCUGCAUGAGCAUAAAAACGGCAAGUUUACUGAAAAACUAGCGUGCACUGCAGUUCAUAAAUUUUAUAUGAGGAGAAGUAGCAAUCAUACAGUGGCAUUGAAAAAAGGAUAAUGAAAACAAGAUACUCUUACCGAGUUUAGAGCCCUUCUCCAAACAUAAUUGGAGCAGAAUAAAGAACACUUCAAUUCCCUCGUAAGUAAUGAAAUAGCUGAAUGCGAUUGUACCUUGGGCAAUAUGAAGCAAGUGUAGUUUCCAUUGAAAAUGUGCCCUUUAUUUGGUACAUUCUUGAGAGAAUAAUGCGAUAUCAAACGACUAAUUUGAUUGUCUAUUUGGAUGUUUCCCAUU